UUAAUUUAUUCCCUUGUUUCAGUUGACUUGGUUACUUACAUAACAAGGUUUCAGUGGGACAUGGCUAAAUAUCCAAUCAAGCAGUCCCUGAAAAAUAUUUCUGAAAUAAUUGCCAAGGGAGUGACUCAGAUUGACAAUGACUUGAAAUCUCGAGCAUCUGCAUAUAAUAACCUGAAAGGAAAUCUUCAGAAUUUGGAACGAAAGAAUGCAGGAAGCUUGCUAACUAGAAGUCUAGCAGAAAUUGUGAAGAAGGAUGACUUUGUUCUUGAUUCAGAGUAUCUCAUCACAUUACUGGUCGUAGUUCCCAAGUUAAACCACAACGACUGGAUGAAGCAGUAUGAAACGCUCGCUGAAAUGGUAGUUCCAAGGUCUAGCAAUGUUCUCUCAGAGGAUCAAGACAGCUACCUUUGUAAUGUCACCUUGUUUAGGAAGGCGGUUGAUGACUUCAGGCACAAAGCCAGGGAAAACAAAUUCAUUGUUCGUGACUUCCAGUAUAAUGAAGAGGAGAUGAAAGCAGAUAAAGAAGAAAUGAACAGGCUUUCUACUGACAAGAAAAAGCAAUUUGGACCACUCGUGCGGUGGCUGAAAGUGAAUUUCAGUGAAGCGUUUAUUGCUUGGAUUCAUGUGAAAGCGUUGAGGGUUUUUGUUGAGUCUGUUUUAAGGUAUGGCUUGCCAGUGAACUUCCAAGCAAUGCUACUUCAGCCUACUAAGAAAACAAUGAAGAAACUAAGAGAAGUAUUAUAUGAAUUGUAUAAACAUCUAGACAGCAGUGCAGCUGCUAUUAUUGAUGCACCUAUGGAUAUUCCAGGCUUAAACCUGAGUCAACAGGAAUACUACCCCUAUGUGUACUACAAGAUUGAUUGCAACUUGCUGGAAUUCAAGUAAACUCGAGCUCCCUGCAGACAGACCUGACCUUGUGUUGGUGUAUGCUGACAGAAAUAGGUUGCAGUCUGACAGCACUUUUAACUCUUAUCACCCUCCGCUUGCUUCUGACCCCUUUCCCAGGUGAAUUCUUCCAUUGUGGUCCAUUCCCAAACAUUUUCUUUUUAAGGGAAAAUAUAUUGUCUUGUUUCUUUUUAUUGGUCAGGUCUGUAAAUGUGUACUAAAAAGAAAAAGAAAUCAGAGUCUAUUUAUAAACAGAAUAGUUUAUUUAAAGAGGUCUUUCCUCAUCGAUGUUGUGGUAUGCAUAAUUCCAUUUGUUACUGUUGUGCACAAAUGCCUUGUUUACAAGGGAAUGGUGUAAACAUUUAUACCAUCUGUUCACUGUAUUUAGUAGACAUAACUGUUUAAUAGUUACUGAAUCGUGAUGUAAAGAAAUGUACAAUAUUCAGAUAUGUGUUUUCUGAAUGUUUCAAAUCACAAUCUCUGAGCACUGUUGACACCCACAGGAGAGAAUAAAAUUACCUGUGCAAAGGUG